CUAUGAUGCCGACCCGUCCGUCCUCAAGGCCUUCGCCGGCACGGGCGUCGAGUUCACCGUCAGCGGCGGGGACCUCGUCCACAUGUCCGACGCCAGCAAUGCCCGCACCUGGGUGGCGCAGAACGUGCAGCCCUUCCUCCCGGCCACCCGCAUCACCAGCAUCAUCGUCGGCAACGAGGUGCUCUCCGGCGAUGACACGGCCGCCAUGCAGAGCCUCCUCCCCGCCAUGCAGGCAGUCCACCAGGCGCUGGUGGACCUCGGCCUCGACGGCGAGGUGAACGUGUCGACGUCCCAGUCCGUCAACGUGCUCGCCAGCAGCUAUCCGCCGUCGUCCGGCGUGUUCCGGGAGGACCUCGCGCAGUACAUGGAGCCGCUGCUCGACUUCCACGCUCAGGUGGGAUCGCCGUUCCUGAUCAACGCGUACCCGUUCUUCGCCUACAAGGCGAGCCCGUCGACCGUGUCGCUACCGUACGUGCUGUUCGAGCCCAACCCCGGCGUGCGCGACCCUGGCACGAACCUCACCUACGACAACAUGCUCUAUGCCCAGAUCGACGCCGUGUACGCGGCCAUGGAGGCAAUGGGGCACACCGACGUCUCCGUGAGGAUCUCCGAGACCGGGUGGCCGUCCAGCGGGGACGCCGACGAGGUGGGUGCCACCGUGCAGAACGCCGCCGCGUACAACCGGAACUUGAUGAAGAGAGUCGCGGCGGGGCAGGGAACGCCGCGAAGGCCAGACGUCCCCGUCGACGUGCUCGUGUUCGCGCUCUUCAACGAGAACAUGAAGGCCGGCCAGGCGUCCGAGAGGAACUACGGGCUGUUCUACCCCAACGGCACUUCGGUGUACGAUCUCGGGCUCAACGACGGUGGGUCGCCCGGCACAUCACCGACGACGUCGGGGUUUUACUCUUCUUCCAAGCCGAUGAUAUCGUUCCCGGUGGGGGUGGUUGUCCUACUUGCAGCAUUUUUCUUGUAAUAAUCACCGUCCACAAGUAUAUAUAUUGCACGAACGCUCACCCACGAUUGAGAUUGUUUACUAACUGAUAGCUCAGUUUGUGCCUACAUAGGCACAUGAGAUCAGCCUAUACAUUAUUCUGACAUUGACAUUGGAGCUAGUUAUCUUGAUUUCUACAAUAUUACUAAUUAAUUCAGCUGUUCUUGAUA